AUCGGAUCGGAGCAGCUAACGAAACUUGCGCUUCCACUUGGCCGUCAGUUGAGAUUCGACACAGAGCAAGACUAGAAGACUGACGACUGGGACGUGACGCGACCGUGUGUGUAUAUAAUAUCUCAGUGCAUUGAUAUACCUACCACUAACCAUUAGAGUACACUGCAAUAAUUCGUAGAUCUAGAACAUAGAACUGCACUGUUAUCAACCCGCCGCGUGAUGAUAGUAGCGUGAUUGGUUGUACGGCUUUCCGAAUCUAGGGCUGUUAUAAAACCGAGUAGAGGCUUUUUGUUUAAGAAAAACCGAGUGAGUGAAUGUUAAGCCGAAUGUCGAGUGAUUAGUUUUAGAUGGUGCAGCGAGGCUUAGAUCUUCAACAGAGAUAAGUACACGGUAGCCAAAUCGUUCAGUGCAAACGAACCAAAUCGACUUCAAGCCAUUUAUUGAAGAUUCCGGAGUGCUUUGUGAAUAAAAAUUCAGUUUAUUGCAACAUCUGUGACUGAUUUGAUAUACUGAACUCAGUCAAUUUGGAUCAAAGAAUGCGCUGAGGUUCUGGCUCUAGUGCUUUGUGGUAGUGGUUAAUACUCGUGGCCUGCUAUAACAGCUUCCAAAAAAGUAUCAUCGCUUUAUUACCGAGGCCGCCAAAGUCGCCGUCGUCGUUGUCGUCAUAGUUGGCCAAAGUGGAAUAAAAUUCUAAUUGAUUUAUGAAUGUGUCGCUCGGGACAAACGCGAACACGCCAAACUUAGCUAACCUACGUAGUCUACUCUGGGACGAACAUCGCUCCUAUCUACUUCGAACUGCGUGCAUGCACAGCACCCUGCAACUCGAGAUCUAGACGUGUAGGUGCACCACGUCUGUCCACAAAUUUCGAAUCAUCACCCAACGCCCACGCAAAACAAACGGUCUGCCCUUGGGAAGAUAGCAGAAUACGUUUUCGUAAAUCUCAAUCCUCGAAAUUUUGCAUCUGCAGUCCACGCGCAAAUUGCAGAACAAACAUUUUCCUCCCAUUCACUCUGUACUCAUGUGUAAGUGAACCGUCGGAAAGAAAGGAAAUAAUUUCGUUUUCUGGUGCAAAAUACAACACGUAAAGGUAUAGGAAAGCCGCAAAACGCAAAACGCCUCAACUACAUUGCAAUAAAUAAAAAGUAGAAGCGUAAAAUACGGCAUUGAAGAAGAGUGCUAGCGAAAAAAAAAACAAAAAUAUAUUCGCACAAAGUCGAAAGUAAACACACGACACGACUUGCACUCUUCCAUGCGUUUAGCGAUACCGACGGUGACCGCGGUUCAGUGCUUUGUCUAGUCACCUUAGUCCGGUGUGCAACGUGCAAUCAAAGCAGCUCACCAACUUCGUGUAACCGCGUAAUCGACCUUGUUGUUGGUUGUGUUCUGUGCCGUACUUGGUCGCUGGAUUAAGCUAGACCAAACGAUCUAGUAGUUUGCACAAGCCGCGUACGAUUCUCAACUAUCAAGGCAAGCCACACGGCGGACAGAAUGGCCGAUAUCAUCGAGGAUGAGAUGAAACACUGCUACGAGAACCUAAUCGUCGUAGACGUUGGCGCCAAUCUGACCAACAAAAAGUACAUCCGUGACCUGGACUCGGUGAUACAGCGCGCGAAAGAUUCUGGCGUCCAAAAGAUCAUGGUACCGGGCACUUCGGUCAAGUCGAGCAAAGAGGCCCUCCGUCUGACGCGUAUCUACCCGGGCAUCAUCUACUCGACGGCGGGAAUCCAUCCGCACGAUUCGAAAUCCAUCAUCGAGGAGCCGAGCACGUGGCACGACUUUGAGGUGAUUGCCGGGGCGCCGGAAUGCGUGGCCAUUGGACCGUGCGGACUCGACUACCAGCGGGACUUCAGCGAACCGUGCACCCAGAAGGACAUCUUCGAACGGCAGCUCCGGUUGGCGUGCAGCCUGCAGAAGCCCAUUCUGAUACACGAACGAUCCGCCCAGGAAGACGUGUUGGAAAUACUCUCGAAGUAAGUUCUUUGCAAGUACCAACCCAA